CUAUGAUCCACAGUAACGCAACGACUCUUACACCCCCGUGGGUUUCCACAAACCAGACGUUGACUCUCUCUAACCACCUUUAUAUUUUCACACCAAACAAAACAUCUUCUUCUCCUUCACUUACGUACGAUGAUCAUCAUAUGGCGAUCCUCGAUACAAACUCCAGCCUUUGGAUCCCACGUUGCAACCCUGUCUUGCUUCUCGUCUUCUUUCUCUUGCUUCAGUCCGUUCCUUACGGAUCCGGUCAGACCACACCACCCGCACCUCAAACGAAAGCCAACGAUCCUGUUGUGAUAGUGAUCACGGUUCUGUUCAUCGUGAUCUUUGUCAUGGUCUUUGGCUCCAUCUUCUGUCGUCGUAGCAACGCGCCGUUUUACUCACGUCCCUCAGUCUUCCAAUCCACCGACGCAGACGCCGAGGCCCGCGUUGUCAGGAUCACGAGGUCGACGGCGCGUGGACUCGACGCGGAGGCUAUUGAAUCUUUCCCGACGUUUCAUUACUCGGAGGUCAAGGCGGUGCGGAUCGGGAAAGGUGGUGCCGAGUGUGCGGUUUGUCUCUGCGAAUUCGAAGACGACGAAACGCUGCGUAUGAUGCCUCCUUGUUGCCACGUGUUUCACACCGAUUGCGUCGACGUAUGGCUCUCCGAUCAUUCCACGUGUCCUCUCUGUAGAGCGGAUCUUUUCCUCGACCAAACGGGUGACGACGAGAGUAGUAGUAGUGAGAGCUACAUGGUUUCGGAUCCGGGUACGGUUUCGUCGGGUACGGAUCCUGACAGAGGAAGGGGGGUUUUGGAAUCUUCGGACGCGUAUUUGCUGGAUGGUGUGACGUGGACCAAUAGCAACACAACGCCUCGGUCGAAGUCAACGGGAUUGUCUAGCUGGCAUAUAACCGGUAUUUUAUUCCCGAGAUCUCACUCGACCGGGCAUUCGUUGGUUCAACCGGUUGGGAAUUUAGACCGGUUUACGUUGAGGUUACCGGAUGAUGUGAGACGCCAGCUGAUGAAGACAUCGAGGACGACGAUGGGACACGUGGCGUUAUUACCUCAGGCGAGGAGUUCACGGAGUGGUUACCGAAGCGGUAGCGUCGGGAGCGGUAGAAGCGUCUUCUCGUACGGACGGAAGAACUAUAAUAAUAGUCGACGGCUGCAUUCGCUGUCUUUCUCAUUCUCUUUUCGGAGUGGUUCUGUCCGGUCAGCUUUCUCCGGAGAUUGGCCUAAGAAUCUUCCGACAUCGAUUGAAUCUGGUGAACGGUCUUUCGAACGCCUCCGACCAGAUGAACGAGUGUAAAUAAUUGUUUUUAUUUUUACAUUUUGUUUUUGGGAUUAAAAUGUUGUUAUGCAUGCCUCUUAUUUGCUUUUUUGACUUUUGACUGUUUGAGCAUGACCAACAAAAAUGACAAUUAUUGUUUGUCAAAAAAGAAUUGUUUAAUGGUUUCAGGGGGGAAAAACUGUAUGUGUGAGAUUGUGAAUCUUUGAAAUGUACCAAAUGGGUUAUAUACAAUUGAUAGCAAGUGACUGGUGAACUAAAGGUAUCUCGCUAA